UCUGCUGUUUCUGUUGAAAGUCUUUGUAUCUUUCAACUGUUGUAUACAGACAUCUAAAGCUAUCAGCUCGUCUUUGGGAACCAAGUUUUACUUCGUUGUACCGAAUGACAUAGAAAAUACUUUAGCGGACCAGCAACUUUUAGUAUAUUUAUUUACGCUGUCCACAAAGGAUGUUGACGUUGAUCUGACGAGUCCAUGGUUUAAUGGGGAACAGUUGAAUAUACAUCAAGUUUUACGUAGACUUCAAGUUCAUUCGAUAGAGAUACCCACUACACACAUAGCAACCCAACAAAUAGGGACACAGCACAGCUACAAAAUUGUUGGUGCAAGGAAAUUUGGCGUCAUCGUUUUCGAGGUCGUUACAAGAGCGUCAGCCGAUUCUUUCACGCUGGUGCCAGUCGAAGGCUGGGGAAAAAAAUAUGUUGCAUGGGCAAUGAAGUUAAGGCCGAGUGUUCAAGUAGUCACCGAUGUCGUGAACAUUGUUGAAAUCCACUUAAAAAUAAUUGGUGCAAGUUUUAACUACCUUGGAGUAAGAUACCGCAAUGGUGAUGUCCUUACAACUAAUCUGAGAGGGGGUGAGGCUUUCACGUUAGCUUUCUGUAGAAGGUCACCAGUACAUUCGGAAAUAACUUUAGAAGGGACACGGAUUAAUUGUUCUGCGCAUUGUGGUGUUAUUAGCGGUAACUGUCUUCAUGCUCGCAUGCCAAUGAACUGUGCAACAAAGAGGGAACAGUGGGUUCAAAUGAUAACAGGAGAUAUUAUUGCAGAGAUGUUAAUGCCACUUGAAACAUUGGGAACAGAAUUUAUUACUAUCAACGUGAUUGGGAGGAUAUUACUAGGUGAAGUGAAGGCAAUGACCACUGAACCGAAAACACGAAUAACUGCUUUUGAAGCUGACGGCAAAGAACUAUACAUGGACAUAGAAGAGAGUUGGACUACCAGACUGAUCGACUGGAACGGGACACGGUACUUCAAAAGCGACAAACCGUUGUCCGUCAUUUACCUCAUGAUACCUGCUUGCCGAUUAGAUAAUGGUCGUCCAGGUGAGGAUGGGGACCCGUCUUUAUGCAACAUCAUUCCCACGCCACUCUUCUAUGAUAACUACAUAUGGAGCACUCCAGCCGCAAGGGCGGUAGAGCCAAAAAAUUUCGUCUGUUUGGUUAUUAAGACCGUCGACAAAGUACAUUUAAGAUUCGAUGAUUUAGAAGUUCCAGAUACGAUGCAGUGGAAUAGUGUGAUCGGAGCCCCAUAUGAAAUUGGUAAUAUGGAAGUGGCUCGUGGCACACAUACACUAUAUGGCACACAGCUUAUCAAAUUCGGCUGUUACAUCUACGGUCUGGCUAUGUUCUACAGCUACAUGAACCCUGCAGGAUUUAUCACUUCGGAAAUAAACGUGAAAUGUACUACAUCAUUUGACAAUAUGAAUCCUGGAGAUCUCAUAGACAAUGACUGUGACCAAAGGAUCGAUGAAGAAAUAAAAGAUGGCUUAGAUAAUGACAAAGACAAUUUGAUCGACGAAGACCUCGCAAAACCACCAAGAAGAAAUGGAGGUUGGGGAGAAUGGCUGGAGUGGGAAUGUGUUACUGGUUGUCUUAACUAUAAUUUUAGGCGAGUCAGAUUGUGUGACAAUCCUGCACCAGAAAACGAAGGGGACGAUUGUCAAGGAAACGAGUUUGACGUAAAAGGGCAAAACGAACGAGAUUGUGGUUUUGGGAAAAUGUGUCCAACAGACUGUCCAGUUGGGAGAUGGCAUUACGGCUGUGAAAAAUCGUGUGAGAACUGUGAGCAGGACUGCGAUAAAUUCAAUGGGAACUGUACCACCUGCAGGCCUGGUUUUACAGAUGCAGCGUCAGGAUGUAGCCAAAGCUGCCCACAGUACACAUUUGGAGCGCGAUGUAGUGGGAAUUGCAUUACUAAGUGUAUGACGGAGUGUGUGGAUAAAAUCAGUGGAGCAUGUCCUCCGACGCCAACGAACAACAUGAAGUAUUUGUGGUGGCUCCUGCUCCUGUUGCCUAUUGCUAUAGGUAUUGUGUACCUGCUCAGGAAACAAAGUGAAAUAGCCGCCAACGCUGAGGGUGAAAGGUGA